AUGCGUGCGCUGUCCGGGGUGCUGAAUCCCGCGCUCGUGCUCGCGGUCUUCGGGCUGUACCCGUGCGCGACGGUCGCGCCGAAGGAAGGCUGGCAGGUGUACAGCUCAGCGCAGGACGCGGACGGCCGCUGCAUCUGCACAGUAGUGGCGCCCGAACAGAACCUCUGCUCCAGGGACGCAAAGAGCCGCCAGCUGCGGCAGCUACUGGAGAAGGUACAGAAUAUGUCCCAGUCAAUUGAAGUUUUAAACCUGAGAACCCAAAGAGAUUUUCAGUACGUCAUGAAAAUGGAAAAUCAAAUGAAAGGACUGAGGACCAAAUUCCGCCAAAUCGAGGAAGACAGGAAGUCUUUAAUGACCAGACAUUUUCAGGAGCUCAGAGAAAAGAUGGACGAUCUGAAGCCGCUGAUCCCGGUUUUGGAGCAGUACAAGAUGGACGCAAGGCUCAUCUCGCAGUUCAAGGAGGAGAUCCGGAACCUGUCGGCGGUGCUCACGGCCAUACAGGAGGAGAUCGGCGCCUACGACUACGAGGAGCUGCACCGCCGGGUCGUCGGUCUCGAGGGAAGACUGAGGAGCUGCAUGAGUAAACUGACGUGUGGAAAAUUAAUGAAAAUCACUGGACCGAUCACAAUAAAGACAUCUGGAACCAGAUUUGGCGCAUGGAUGACUGACCCACAGGCUUCUCAAAGAAACAACAGGGUCUGGUACAUGGACAGUUACACCAACAACAAGAUCGUCCGCGAGUACAAGUCUAUGGCAGACUUUGUGUCGGGGGUGGAGUCUCGUACCUACAGCCUGCCCUUCAAAUGGGCCGGGACCAAUCACCUGGUCUACAACGGCUCCCUGUACUACAACAAGUACCAGAGCAACAUCGUAGUCAAGUACAGCUUUGAGACGGGCCGCGUCCUGGCGCAGCGGGCGCUCGAGUACGCCGGCUUCCACAACGUCUACCCGUACACCUGGGGGGGCUUCUCGGACAUCGACCUCAUGGCCGACGAGCUGGGCCUGUGGGCCGUGUACGCCACGAACCAGAACGCGGGCAACAUCGUCAUCGGUCGGCUCGACCCGGACACCCUGGAGGUCCUGAAGACGUGGAACACGGAGUACUCCAAGAGGAACGCGGGCGAGUCCUUCAUGAUCUGCGGAACGUUGUACAUCACCAACUCGCACCUGACCGGAGCCAAAGUGUACUACUCGUACUCCACCCAGACGUCCGCCUACGAGUACACGGACAUCCCGUUCCACAACCAGUACUUCCACAUCUCCAUGCUCGACUACAACGCCAGGGAGAGGGUCCUCUACGCCUGGAACAACGGCCACCAGGUCCUGUUCAACGUCACGCUCUACCACAUCAUCAAAACCGACGACUCCUCUUAAAGUUGAGCUUAAAAAAAACGCAUCAUCGCUCCUGAUGGACUUUUUUUUUUUUUUCUUAAUUUUCUGUUUCAUUUUUUCCCAGCUUGACAGCACGUUGUUAUUUCUCCAAAAGGUUGCUUUGCCUCUGUUUUCAUCAUAAGACACUUAACCGUUGUGAAACACUGUAAACGUAUCAAAAAACAGAUGGCUUCAUUCUCUGCCACACUGUCAACACGAAGGCCUUCAAACCCAGUAUGAAAACAUAAUUAAUUUUUACUCAUGAGCUCCAUAAGUGGAGCCGUGCGGAAGCUCAAAAUUGACUAUAUCCAAGGUAAUGGGAGUUUGGCAGCGGUCUGUGUUACUGCGGUACACUUUUUCUGCCUAUGAACAAUUACGUUUUGUGCAACAGAAUUUUCACACUUCUCAACGGCGUCUGGCUUUCGCGAACGAAAGGCCUCCCUUCCCAUUUUUUUCGCAUUUUUAUGAAAUGUUGAUUUUUUUUUUUUUUUUUUUUUAAAUUAAUCAACCGUGUCCAA